AUGGAAGCAAACUACAAGAAGCGCAUGGCAGGCUUGCUAAUGUGGCUUCUUGCAACACAAACAGUGCACUCUGCGCCCACCCCGACUCAACCGGCCAGCUUUUCUGAGAUUACCCAGUUUCCACCUGCAAUCCAGAACGCUCGACUACUGUCACCCGAGACAGAGGGUUUCUACCCAACCGCACUGGAACGUGAAGGCCACGAACUGGAAUACGCCACUGCCACCGCUUCGGCCAAGGACGAGACUUCCACCGGACUGGACGACGUGCUCGACAACUUGGGUCAACCUAAGCAUUUGCUGGACUGGCUACUCCCGCAAUCGGACGCACCGGCUGACGUUCCCGCUCCUGCAUCAGCUGGGACAGCCCCCGAAGUUUCUCUUGCGUCGUCCGAUACGGCGGCCCCUACGCCUGUUACUGCGUCUCUCACUCACGGCACUCUUGAAGAGCCUACCACAGCCAGCGAUUCUUCAAUCUCUGUCGAGACUACUACAGUCCCUGUGUCCAAUUCUUCAGCAACCGAUCAACCGGCAAGCACGUCCACAGCGGAAACCCAAGACUCUACCGAGAUGGUGAACCAAGACGUAUUUGUGCCGGUGGGAAAGGGCCCGAUUCCAGCGGCAAUCACUUCCCGGAAUGACCACCCUGUUCCCAAGAACGGAGUUAACUCUACGAACCCAAUUGAGACGAAUAAAUUCCAUAGCGCGCUCUUUCUAGGAACCCAAACAAAUGCCACCUUCUCGCACCCUUACACUCUCGCGUGGGCAAAGGGGAGCGGCAACCUGGCAAGCUUCGGUAUGGCCAUUUCGCACACAGAGAUGAACCUCGUUGCUAGCGGCCCUACGAACUCGCAGCUCCCAGGCAGUCCGAUCCAGUACUACAUCAACCCGAUUGGCAUCCAGUCGAUAAUCCUGUCAGCUACCGAGCUCGGUGGUUCAACGGUCCUCACUGCGGAAAACAACAAGGCCUUCUCGGCGGAUGCUGUCCUGCGGCCUCAGGCGGGCUCUUCCCAGAAAAUCACUAUGCCUGUGGUGCAGGGUAUGGCUUUCGUGACUGGAGUCUACACUCAACUACAGCCAGUAGUCCAGAGCGCCGUUCAUUUCCGUCAAGUUGUAACGGCCGGCUCACCCCGGGCUGGCGUCUUCAAAUACCGUGCAACGCUAGAAGACGGUACUAUUUGGCUCAUCUAUGCCGUCCCAGACAACGGACAGGACCCUAACUUCCAGUUGGUGUCUACCACCGAUCUGCGCGGACCUAGCGGAUGGUCUGGUACUAUCCAAGUCGCCAAGAACUCGGCCGGCUCCUCUGGAGAAAGCCUCUUUGACAACUCGGCUGGUGUCUUUGCCGUCGAGGCAACUGUCUCCGGCUCGGUCGAUGGCCGCACCGGCACCUAUCGUCUCGCAUGGACCAAGUCAGGCAAGGAUAACCAGGUUACGCCUCUCAUGAUGUUUGCGCUACCACACCACGUUGCCUCAUUCGACUCUCAGACAAGCGCCCGGGCUGUCAAUAUCACACUGCGAACCACUACGAAAGGCAUGGCUAGAGCCGUGAUCGGGGAGUACUGGACCAUGAACGAGCCUGACCUUCCCACGAGCAUGGGUUUUGCUCCAUGGGUUUUGGCCACAAACAGCUCUCCUCAGCUUAGCGCUGCAGCCCAAUCGACGAUCCGUCAAGUGGCUAUCACGGAGCUCCAGCAGGACAUUGACGGCCGGAGCAACCUAAACAGCAUGUACUUCAGCGGGAAAGCUCUGAGCAACUACGCUACCAUUGUUUGGACCGUAGACAAGCUCCUCAACGACCACGCCACCGCAGCCCCUGCCCUCGAUCGUCUGAAGCAGGCCUUUGCCCGUUUCGCGGAGAACCGGCAACAGUUCCCGCUGGUCUAUGACACCGUGUGGAAAGGCGUUGUCUCCUCUGCAAGCUACGGCGGUGACACCGGUGCUGACUUUGGAAACACACUUUACAACGAUCAUCAUUUCCAUUACGGCUACUUUAUCCAUGCCGCUGCUAUUAUCGGUGCCCUUGACCCGAGCUGGCUCGCAGCCAACCGCGACUGGGUGAACACGCUCGUUCGCGACUCCGGUAAUGCAGCUUUCGACGAUCCCUACUUCCCAUUUUCUCGCGGCUUUGACUGGUUCCACGGGCACUCGUGGGCUAAAGGCCUCUUUGAGUCGUACGACGGAAAGGACCAGGAGUCGUCUUCGGAAGAUUCCAUGUAUGCGUAUGCCCUCAAGAUGUGGGGAAAGACGAUCGGCGAUGCGAGCAUGGAGGCUCGAGGCAACCUCAUGCUGGGUAUCUUGCGGCGCAGCUUCCACAAUUACUUUUUGAUGGAGAGUGACAAUGUCAACCACCCAUCCAACUUCAUCGGCAACAAGGUGACUGGAAUAUUGUUCGAGAACAAAGUCGACCAUACCACGUACUUCGGUACUAACCUUGAGUAUAUUCAAGGAAUUCACAUGCUCCCCUUGCUCCCCAUGUCACCAUUCAUCCGCAGCCAGAAGUUCGUGCGUGAGGAAUGGAACGCCAUGUUCGCAUCCAAUGCCUCUGUGCCCGCUGAACGGGUAGUAGGCGGAUGGAAGGGCGUCCUUUACGCAAACCUGGCUCUCAUCGACCCAGCCGCUUCCUGGAGCUUCUUUUCGCAGGCCAACUUUGACUACAGCUGGCUCGAUGGCGGAGCGUCUCGGACAUGGUACCUUGCGUUUGCUGCAGGACUCGCUGGUGGAUCAGCAGUGUAG